AAUCGAGUGGCGCGCGAGAAUUUGAAUGAAUAUUGCCACGCGCGCGCUGAGAUCGUUUUGCGAUGGUAGCGGCCCCUGCCUAUCGCCGGCAUGAGUUUUCGGCUCAUGCUCUCUCUUACGUCAACUCUUCAACACGGCACCACGCGCAAAGUGAAAAAUUCUAAAAAUUAUUAAAUUUAUUAUUUUUGGGGAUUUAUCCCGCAUUUGAAUUAUAGAAAUAAAAGCAGUGAAUUAUUUGAAGUUAAAUAAAGAACAUUUGGUGGUGGAAAAGUGCGCCUUUUCUUGGGAAAUUCGGCGGUCUUCAAUUACCUGCAGAGCACGAGGCCUUGGGGGGAACUUCCGGACAAAUCCAAAAUUUGUCCUCCUCGCCAGAAGGCUUGUAUUAAUUAUAUCUACCUGUACUUUAAGGUAAUUGGAGGCUUCUUGGGCUUUGGGGCAACGCCCGUACUAUUGUCUUAUCAUUCUAACUAAUGCUGUGCAUCUUCCAAAGGUAAUUGGAUACACCUUGUGGCUCUCUGGGCAGCGCCCGUGGCUUUCUUUUCCUAUUCUAAUGUUUGCUGUAUGUUCUCAAAGGUACGUUGCUAUACAUAAAUUGGCCCUCCGACCCUACAACUGAACCACAUCCGUCAGAAGUUAUACAGUCCACACCUGACAAGCUACAAUGAUUCGUGAGCGAGAAGGAAUUGCGUCCCAAGUGACCAGGGUCGAGAAUUAUCUGGAUGGCAUCACAGACGAUGAGAGAAGCAUCCCAGGCUUCAAGGGCACGAUGACAUCUCAGCGUAACAUCGUCGUAGCUAUGAGGGAAAGAUACAGCAUCGUUCAAGAGAAGAUCAUCGCAGAUCAGCCAACCUAUGCUCACCAAAUCUUGGAGAAGAACAACUUCAGUGCCUUUCUGAAGCGUUGUGAUGACCUCAUCAAGAAAAUUGACAGCAUCAUCGGUGAGAUUCCUAGGAAAGACGAUGCAAACUUGAAUCUCUCAGACACUUCUGGGCUCUUGAUGUUUAUGACUACAUUCAUGAGGGAGUCCGAACGACGACACAGUGAACAGCUGCAGAUGAUUGCGAAUUGUCUCUCAAACGCAAGUACCAAUGCUUCUUUUACUAACCACCCUGCCAUUCAAGAAUUGCCUCAAAUAAACUUUCCCGCCAAUGCCACCAACUGCAAGUGUUGCGACCAAGCAGCACAUUCUUUACACAAAUGCCCCAAAUUUCUUAACCAAAAUGUUGAAGAGAAAUUCCAAACAGUAAAGCGCCUUAGAUUGUGCCGCAAUUGCUUUGCUGGACAUAUGACGUACUCAUGCACAUUCCACCCGUGCACCAAGUGCCAAGGAUGGCACAACGUUCUGCUACACGAGAAGUUCCAACCCUCUGAUCCCAGUAGCACAGAUCCUCCUGCUACUACUUCUACAGCCCCUCUUGCAACUGGGAAUGCUCAGCUUACUGUCAGUUCCGCGUCUCCUGCACCCCCCGCAGAGACCUGCUCUCCUCCUACGGUGCUGACUGUAAGUCAGAGCCAUCAGGACUUCUCCAAGGACGAAAUUCCACGGGUUACCAUUCCUACUGCCUCAGAUGAUGUUGUUUCUUGUCGUAUCAUUCUGGAUGGUGCGGCAACGGUGAACAGCAUGACCCACAAGCUUUAUGAGCGACUGAAUCUUCCCAAAUAUCCUACGAAAAUCACCAUUUCCGGAGUUAACGACGGAUGUAGUCGUGCGAAAUUCUCAGUUGAUGCCACAAUUGGUUCUCGCAGUGCUGAUGCCACAUUCAAUAUCCGAUGCUUCAUCCUUCCAAAGGAAUCAGUCUUUGCAUAUGUUGUUGGUGGUGAACAGGAACCAAAAGUGCCUCCCGAUGCAGAUAACCAUCACCAAGCUUUCAAGACCAUGGCAUUAGACGAAGUACUUUCUCCAUUCUUUAAACUUGAGAACAUCCCGGAAUAUCCUGCAACCACUGAGAAUCAAAUUGCAACUGAAUAUUAUUUACGAACGACCUACCAACGCAGUGAAGACGGAAGAUUCAUCCUCCAGUUUCCAUUCAAGAAGGAUCCACGCGGUCUAGGCGACUCCCGUCCUUUGGCUAUACGCCAACAUUGUGCCUUAGAACGCAGGUUUGAGAAAAACCCAGCCCUUCGCUCUCUUUACAUUGAUGUUAUGCAGCAUCAACCCCGCAACAGUUGGAUUGAACCAGUUCCAGAUGAUGAAUACAAAUCUCCAGCCUAUUAUAGGUCGCGCCUCGGCCUCUUGAAGGAUUCAUCAUCCAUGAAACUUCGCAUUGUUUGUAUGACAAUCGCGAAGACCUCCACGGGUGUCAGCCACAAUGACAUUCUCCGAAUUGGGCGUACAAUUCAACCAUUUCCUGCAAUCCUCUUGCUACGCUUCAGGAAGAGAAGCGACAACCCCCAGGUCAUUCUUCCAGCUGAGUCUUUGGAGAUAGCUCAGCCAUUCCGAACACAGCUCAUUGAUGUUUUGAGCCAAUUUGGGUUUCCAUUGGCCCAAUGGUCUUCUAGCUACCCAGAAUUGUGCCCACCAAUCGAUGAUCCCCAUUCAUCUUCUGAAUUCCACUUUAGAGAGCACACACCUAGCACUUUUGGCCACACUGGGAACCCCACCACGAAUUCAUUUCUCUUUGCAUUGCCCAUUUCACUCUCUGAGGAUUUCUCUACCAAAUACGAAAGGACUUCAACAAUUUCCCGCAUUUUGGACCCAAUUGGAUUAAUUGGGCCACUGAUCUCGCAACAGAAAGUUCACGCUGCCCAAAGGGAGUGGGAUAAUCCAGUCUCACAGAAUCUUCAGUUGAAAUGGAAGGAAUUCGUGCAAGAACUUCAAAACAUCCUGCACUUCAGUGGUCCACUGUGGAUCUCCUCCAUCGCCAAUCUAGUUCGAGUAGAGUUGCACGCAUUCGCCGAGGCUUGCCAGAAGGCCUAUUGUGCAGCCAUUUUCGUCAUCUCAGAUCGGCUCCAGAAGAUUUGCGCAACGUCUCAGUCAACCCAAUGGAAGCACGUUUCCACCCAUCAGAAUCCAGCUGACACCAUAUCCCGGGGAGCCACCCCACUUCAGCUGCAGGAUUCACCAUUUUGGUGGAAUGGCCCAUCGUGGCUAGUCGAAUCGCAAACUUUUUGGCCUCCGAAGGUUGUCAAGGAAACUCGUAUCCCCGAGAAAGCAGCAUUUUUAACCACAACUGAGAACAAGCCAAAUCCCACAAUUCUCAGCUGCUUGUUGGAAAGAUAUUCAUCCUUGACUAAAAUGCAAUUUAUCAUCAGCCAUUGCUCAAGGUUCAUCAUCACUUCCAAGAAUCGCACACAGAAAAUUUAUGGACCUCAUUCUACGGAAGAACUAAAGAUGGCACUCGAGAAACUGAUCCUUUGGGACCAAUCGGAAGUAUUUCCGAGACUACAAGCACAUCGUCGCAAGAACCAGACUCUGGAUCAUUCCAAGUGGAACGAGAAAGGAAUCGUUCGCGUUGGAGUUCGCCUCAAGAAUUCAAAUGAACCCUCUACAGUCAAGCACCCAAUUCUUCUUCCAAAAUCCCGAUUGACUGAGAUGAUCAUUCAAGAGGAAUAUCUUCGGAUGCUCCAUUCUGCUCCAACGUCAUUGUUAUCCCCUCUGCGUCAGAGAUUCUGGCCUCUCUCUGGGCGAAAUACCUGCAAGAAAAUGUAUCACAUCUGUUAUCACUGCAAUAGAGCUAAGCUUCGGACGCUUGAGCAGUUGAUGGCUGAUCUCCCUCAUCAUCGAACAUCAUUCAACUAUGCUUUCGAGCAUACCUGUGUUGGCUUCGCUGUUCCCAUUCAGUUUAGACCUUCCGCACCCCGGGGAGCCUCCACACGACGACUUGCGCACUUCAAGGGAUACAUCGCAGUUUUUGUGUACACGAGCACCAGGGCGGUGUACAUUGAGUCCGUCUCUCCGUUCCGAUGUUUCACCACUCGCAAAGCCACUCCACGACACAUGCAUUUGGAUUGUGGCAAAAAUUUCGAAGGAGCAACGCGGGAGUGGAAGGAACGGUUGCAACAAGAACAAUUUCAACGAGGGAUUCAGAAUAGCACAGCACAGGAUAGUGUUAUUUGGCAUUACGAUCCCCCUGGAGUACUUUACCAUGGAGGACUCUGGGAAGCAGGAGUGAAGCGUAUCAAGUUUCACCUGUACAGAAUUAUCCAACCUGUCACACCUGGGCCAGAUGGACAUGACAGAGUCUUCGACAUUCGCAUACCUCGUGGCACUUACACCAGACCAACCACGAAGAGUGCCCGGAUCGACAUGAAAUCAUCUUGCUCCGAAAAUCCUGAGGAGUCUUCGGAGCAACCCGGGGAGGAUGUUCAGGACUCGACCGUUGGAAAUCGAGUGGCGCGCGAGAAUUUGAAUGAAUAUUGCCACGCGCGCGCUGAGAUCGUUUUGCGAUGGUAGCGGCCCCUGCCUAUCGCCGGCAUGAGUUUUCGGCUCAUGCUCUCUCUUACGUCAACUCUUCAACACGGCACCACGCGCAAAGUGAAAAAUUCUAAAAAUUAUUAAAUUUAUUAUUUUUGGGGAUUUAUCCCGCAUUUGAAUUAUAGAAAUAAAAGCAGUGAAUUAUUUGAAGUUAAAUAAAGAACAUUUGGUGGUGGAAAA